AUGUGUAGUCUUAGAGUGGAUGAACCAUUCACUCUUGAUCCUGGUGGCAUGUUCAGUGUUCAUUUUUGUAAGACACGUGCUCCAUGUUCAAGACCAAAGGAGGGUUUUGUGCGAUGUAUCAUGGUUGCGACCCACCUGCAAGGUACUGUGCACGUUCAGGGUACCAUGAAGACCGGCGCACGUGAACAGGCGUCGCCAAGAAACCCUGCACAUCGCGAAUCGCAUCGAAAUCGCCUGGAACCCGCAUCCCUUGCCUCACCAACCCAAAUAAUGCCGCCAAAAGGGUCUAGAAAAUCAACAACUUCACAGCCAGCAUUAAACAAGACCCUAGUCCUUGACAAUGGCGCAUAUACGCUCAAGCUUGGCCUGGUAGCGAGCGGAUCCAGUCCCGGCUAUGACGAUUGUACUGUGACGCCCAACUGCAUCGCGCGCAGCACACGCGACAAGUGCACAUAUCUCGCUUCCGAACUGGACUCCUGCAAGGACUUUGGGGAGCUGGCAUUUCGAAGGCCGGUGGAGAAGGGAUUCAUUGUUAAUUGGGAGGCUGAAAAGGCGAUUUGGGAGCAUGAAUUCAUGAGCGGUAGUGCGAGGGAGGGGUUGAGGUGUGACCCAAAAGAGACAAAUCUGCUACUGACAGAGAAGCCGAAUUGUCCCAAGGAGCUGCAGAAGAAUUGCGAUGAGAUUGUCUUUGAGCAGUUUGAAUUCGCAUCGUAUUAUCGCCAUGUUGGCGCGGUACUGAACGCCUACCAUGCUCCUAAUGCAGUUGAUUCUACUGUAAAACCUCAGGAAUGUCUUCUUGUCAUCGACACAUCAUAUUCGGACACGACGAUCCUGCCCAUCUACAAUGGCAAGCUGAUUCAGUCUGCUGUUCGGCGUCUUACCGUAGGAGGAAAGCUGCUCACCAACUAUCUCAAAGAAUUGUGCUCGUUACGUCACUACAACAUGAUGGAGGAAAGCUAUCUACUCAACGAGAUCAAGGAAGCAGUAUCUUACAUAGUGCCCUCGACGCAGGAAUUUGCGCGGAACCUAGAGCAGACUUGGAAGGGUCGGGUAGGCGACAGGAGGGAGCUCAGCUCGGAUGUCGUUGUCGAUUAUGUGCUGCCGGACUAUGAAAACUCGAUACAUGGCUACGCGCGACCUCACGAUCCUGCAGCACGACUACGCAUGCAACGUGGAGUGCAAUCGUUGCAAGGACCACGCGAAGACGUGCUAGCUCUGGGCAAUGAACGAUUUGCAGUACCCGAGCUCCUGUUCAACCCUACAGACAUUGGCAUACAGGAAGCCGGCCUCGCAGGCGCAGUCAUGGAGUCGCUCAGUGUGCUUCCGGAAGCGCUGAAGAUUGGCAUGCUGGCAAAUAUCGUGGUUGUAGGCGGGAACAGCUUGAUCAAAGGGUUUGUGGAGAGGUUGGAGGCAGACGUCAGGGCGCUCGUACCUGCACAGUACAUGGUGGUCGUCACCAGGGCAGAGGAUCCAAUCAAGCACACUUGGUUGGGGGGUGCGCGCUUUGCCAGUCAGCCCGAGUUGUUGCGGGAGGCUGUGGUGACAAAGGCGGAGUAUGAAGAGAAGGGGUCUACAUGGCUGGCGAAGAGAUUCUCAUGA